GAGCUCGGCACGCGAAGGCCAAGAAGCCAACGACCAUGCCCCCGGAACGGAGCGGUGCGGACGCGCCCCUCACCAACCCAGAUGUCCGGCUGAGUCGAACUUCGUUAUCGGCGGCGUCGCCGACGGCCAACGGAGUUCAGCUCAAGAAGGAGCUGAGCCUCAUGAACGGCGUCGGCAUGAUCGUCGGUGGUAUAAUAGGCGCCGGAAUAUUCAUCUCUCCGACGGGUGUGCUCAGGUACGCCGGUUCGUCCGGGAUGGCCCUCGUGGUCUGGGCCGCCUGCGGGAUCAUUUCCAUGGUCGGAGCCGUGUGCUACGCCGAACUCGGUACCAUGAUCCCCAAAUCGGGCGGCGACUACGCGUACAUCUUCGCCGCAUUUGGUCCCCUGCCGUCGUUCCUGUUCUUGUGGGUGGCAUUGCUUAUCAUGCAGCCGACGAGCAACGCGAUCGCCGGCAUCACCUUCGCCAAGUACAUCUUGGAACCGAUCUACUUGGGAUGCCCGCCCCCGGAUAACGCUGUGAGGCUGGUUGCUGCAGUCGUCAUAUGUGAGUAA